CACUUUUGCGUGAACCCAUUCUCCUAUAAUAUUAAUGACUUUGCAGACUCCUACUCUCUAUUGUGAUGAUGUUAUUUAGCUUUAUUAUAUCCUGAUAUUGUGGUGUUAAAGAGAAUUGAGAGAUGAAAUUGCUUUUAUACAAAAAGACAAAUGGAAAAUAACAUUUAAAGAAAUUAGAAGCUGUAAGACAUUUAUUACACAUUGGUUUGUCUUGCAACUGCAGAGUGACGUUUUAGGUUCUGACUCAUAAUUUUCUGAGUGGUCAAAAAGUAAUUUAGAGGAGGAAAAGAAAAGAAAAAGUAGAAAAAAAUAAAGCUUGAAAUGGAAACUGAUUAAUGAGCUGGUUUGUGGAAAACGUAAGAAAACUGAGCAAAAAUAAAGCAGAGAGAGAGAGAGUGUGUGUGGAAAUUACUACAUACAGUACGUUUUUGGGUCAAAGUUUUGGCGGUAUGAGUAGUCCUGAAAUAGCAUGCUUUGGCUUUGGCAUCACGCUUUCCUCAUGACCCUUUCUCCCUCCGCCCAUCACUCUCUUCUGUCCCAUCUUCUGAAACUAGUCUACUCAAAAUUCUCAAAAAGUCUUAGAUACAGUCAUUACACUUCAUCAUCAUCUCCUCAACCCAUUUGAUCUCAAAUCCUUUGAGGAAGACUCGUUUUUCUUGUCCAAGUUCUUUGUUUUGCCCUAAUGGAGUGGAUUGGGAAGAGAGUUAAGUCCCGGAGCAGGCAGCGUCUUCAGGUGGUUAAUAAGCGGAAGAAGAUGGAGGUAGAAGCUCCUGUGAUAUCUCCUCCAAAGAAACGAAGGCCGAGAAGAAGAAAAGACCCCGAUUCUGACGUUGAGGACAUCACACCUACUUACCAAAACCUUGUUCCUCCUCCUGUUCAAGAAAAUGACAGGUACUCUGCUGGUUUAAGGGCCGGGUCUGUUCAGAACAACUCUGUGAAGGAGAGUUUCUCUAGGAUUAUUAGGGAUCUGAAUAUGGAGAAAUCAGGUCCUAGCUCCUACUCUAAGUUCAGAGAUGGGUCUGAACAGCACACGUCUGUGAAAGAGACUUCUUUUAGGGGUAGUGAUUUGGAUGUGGGGAAGAACUCAGUUCCUAGCUCUUUUGGGUUCAGAGAUGUGUCUGAACAGAACACAUGUGUAAAGGAGAAGUGUUCCCCUGAGAUUGGAGAUUUGAAUGUGGAGAAAUCAGGUCCGAGCUCCUCUAAGUUAAGAGAUUUGUCUGAACCGAACACAUGUGUGAAGGAGAAGUGUUUCCCUGAGAUUGGAGAUAUGGAUGUGGAGAAAUCAGGUCCGAGUUCCCCUAAGUUAAGAGAUGUGUCUGAACAGAACACAUGUGUGAAGGAGAAGUGUUCCCCUGAGAUUAGAGAUUUUGAUGUAGAGAAAUCAGGUCCGAGCUCCUCUAAGUUAAGAGAUGUGUCUGAACAGAACACAUGUGUGGAGGAGAAGUGUUCCCCUGAGAUUAGAGUUUUGGAUGUGGAGAAACCAGGUACGAGCUCCUCCAAGUUAAGAGAUGUGUCUGAACAGCACACAUGUGUGAAUGAGAAGUUUUCUCCUGAGAUUACAAAUUUGGAUGUUGGGAUAUCAGUUCCGAGCUCUUCUAAGUUAAGAGAGGUGUCUGAACAGAACAUACGUGUGACGGAUAUGUGUUCCCCUGAGACUAGAGGUUUGGUUGUUGUAAAACCAGUCCCUGGUGAAAUAGAGAUUCUUUCAGAUUCUGAGUCGGAAAUUGGAGCCAGAGCUUCAGCCAAGAAGAAGCUUUUUGAGGACACUAGCAGAAUCGUAGAAUCUCUCAGUGAUGGUAAUAGCACAAGUGAAACUGAGGGAGAUGAAGAAGAAAAUGCAGAGAGUGCAGACAAUAACACCAAAGAUGAUAUAACAGUCCACUCCCUGUCUUCGGAGGAUCCAUCUUCAUCAUCAUCAUCAUCAGCAGCAUCAUCAUCAUUAUCGUCCUCAUCUUCAUCUUCUUCCUCGAGUGACGGUGAAUUCAAUUUAAAGGAGGUGGUUAGAGAUAAUACAGAUGAUGAUGAUUUCUUAAAGGUCAGUCUACCAGUCAGGAAUGUCUCUAUAGCGGAAAGGAAGCCUUUGGUAAGGUACAAGAGGUCUGGUUCUUGCUUAACCAACCCUAGAAAAGAGGACAAGAAGAUUCGGAGAUUAAACCAUCGAGAAGAAGAAAAAGAAGAAGAACGAGAUAAAGUAGUUGAAAUAGUAAUAAAGCAGCCAAGCAACCCGGUGUUCACUUGUACUCACUGUGGCAAAGAGAACACAGGAGUCCCUGAAUCUCACAGCUCUUUCAUGAGACCACUUGCAUUAAGAGAUGAAAUUGAGGAUGUGAACAACUUUGCUUCUACUAUUGCAUCAAAGUAUGAAGAUUCUAUUUCCUUCAACUCUGGGAAAUCACCUCAGAAACUAUCCAGACUUGAGUUGGAGAAUCCAGAGACAGGAAAAGAAGUGAAAACACUUGAGAAUCCAUCCACAUCCAGGCCUGAAGUUUUCGCUUCAGAGAAAGCUAAAGAGGUACAAGCACCUGAAAGGCCAUCUACAUACAGACAUGAAAUUCUCAGUUCAGUAAAAGCAAAAGAGGUGCAAGCACUUGAAAAACCAUCAAGACCUGAUUUCCAGAAUUCAGAGAAAGCAAAAGAGGUCCAAGCCAUCAACAGGUUGGGGUCGGUGAUACCUGCAGUUGCAGUUGUAGGGGGAUUAAAUAAGUCUCUUUCGGCUAAUGAACCAAUUGAUAAUCAGUCUGAUUCUUCUAUCAGCUCUGCAGAUAAAUCUGGAUAUGAAUCUGAUCCUUCUCUAAAAGACAAAGAAAUCAAGACUAAUAACAACUCGGAUUGGAGAGUGCUAAAUGGAAACCAUAGAGAAGUUGAUCUUUUCAGGCUGCUUGUGAACUCUGUUAGGGAUAAAGGUCAAUUAGACGAAGGAUAUGAAGAAGCAGAAGAACUAGUUUCUUCACCUGAAGACCAGUCUCAAGAACAAGGAGAGGAUGAUCAAAGAAAAUAUGAUGAUGAUGGACUUCUAAUCAUUAGGCCACCACCAUUGAUAGAGAGAUUUGGUAUGCUGGAACCUCCAUCACCACCUGAGAUUUCUGAGUCAGAAUAAGAGUUGCAGAUGCUGUGGGAAGAACUAGCAUUUUGCAGUAAAUCUAUUGACGUCAGCAACGAGCUUCCUUCAAAUAUGGAAGAAAUAUUAAUUGAUGAAACUCCAGCAGCACAAUGUAAAAAAGGGAAUCACAAUCUGGUUCUUGAUCUUGAGGUUGGUUUGAAGUGUAUGAACUGCGGCUUUGUGCAGAGAGAAAUCCGAAGCAUGGAUGAAUCUGAGUGGGGAGAGAAGAUCACAAGGGAAAGGAGAAGAUUUGAUAGAUUUGACGAGGAAGAAAAUAGCAACAUCCUUGGGAAACUUGGGUUUGAAGCUCCUAACACGAACAGCUUACAUGAGGAUUGUGUUUCUUCUGAAGGAACCGUUUGGGAUAAGAUCCCAGGGGUCAAAUCUCAAAUGUAUCCUCACCAGCAAGAAGGUUUUGAGUUUAUUUGGAGGAACUUAGCUGGUACAAUCAUGUUGAACGAGCUCAAGGACUUUGAGAAUAGCGAAGAAACCGGAGGAUGCAUCAUGUCACACGCUCCCGGGACAGGAAAAACUCGCCUGACCAUCAUUUUCCUGCAAUCCUACCUAGCAUGCUUCCCAGAUUGCAAACCAGUGAUCAUUGCUCCUGCAAGCUUGCUUCUCACGUGGGCAGAGGAGUUUAAGAAAUGGAACAUAAGCAUUCCCUUUCAUAAUCUCAGCAGUUUGGAGUUUACUGGAAAAGAGAGCUCAGCGGCGCUAGGACUUUUGAUGCAGAAGAAUGCCACUGCUAGAACCAAUAAUGAGAUAAGGAUGGUGAAAAUAUACUCUUGGAUAAAAGCAAAGAGCAUACUCGGGAUCAGCUACAACCUCUAUGAGAAGCUUGCAGGAGUUAAAGACGAGGACAAAAAGACAAAGAUGGUGAGAGAAGUGAAACCAGACAAAGAAUUAAACGAUAUCAGAGAGAUACUUAUGGGAAGGCCUGGACUGCUGGUUCUUGAUGAGGCACACACGCCUAGAAACCAGAGAAGUUGUAUCUGGAAAACACUAUCUAAAGUGGAAACACAGAAACGUAUCUUGCUUUCUGGAACUCCUUUUCAGAACAACUUCCAGGAGCUGUGCAAUGUUCUGGGACUCGCAAGACCUAAAUAUCUGGAGAAGCUCACAUCCACACUCAAGAAGAGUGGGAUGACUGUAACUAAAAGAGGAAAAAGAGCUUUGGGGAACGAAAUCAACAACCGUGGGAUCGAAGAGUUGAAGGCUGUUAUGCUUCCAUUUGUGCAUGUCCAUAAAGGAAGCAUUCUUCAAAGGAGCCUCCCUGGUUUGAGAGAAUGCGUUGUGGUGUUAAACCCACCUGAGCUGCAGAAGAGAGUCCUAGAAUCCAUUGAAGUCACUCACAACCGGAAAACAAAAAACGUGUUUGAAACAGAACACAAGCUGUCUCUGGUCUCAGUCCAUCCUUCUCUAGUCUCUCGCUGCAAACUCUCUGAGAAGGAACGUUUGUCCAUCGACGAGGCUUUGCUUGCACAGCUUAAGAAGGUAAGACUCGAUCCAAAGCAAAGUGUGAAAACGAGAUUCCUCAUGGAGUUCGUUGAGUUAUGCGAGGUGAUAAAGGAGAAAGUGUUGGUCUUCAGCCAAUACAUAGACCCAUUGAAACUGAUCAUGAAACAUCUGGUCUCUCGUUUCAACUGGAAUCCAGGGGAGGAAGUGUUGUACAUGCAUGGCAAGCUCGAGCAAAAACAAAGACAAACCUUGAUCAACGAAUUCAAUGAUCCAAAAUCCAAGGCAAAAGUGUUCUUAGCUUCAACAAAAGCCUGCUCUGAAGGGAUCAGUCUGGUAGGAGCGUCAAGGGUGAUUCUUUUGGAUGUUGUGUGGAAUCCGGCAGUCGAAAGACAAGCUAUAAGCCGUGCUUAUAGGAUCGGUCAGCAGAGGAUUGUUUACACAUAUCACUUGGUUGCAAAAGGAACUCCUGAGGGGCCAAAGUACUGCAAACAAGCACAGAAGGAUAGAAUCUCGGAGCUAGUGUUUGCAUGCUCGUCGAGACCUGACAAAGGAAAGGAGAAGAUUGCUGAAGCUGUGACAGAGGAUAAAGUAUUGGACACUAUGGUGCAGCGUUCGAAGCUUGGGGAUAUGUUUGACAAUCUCAUAAUCCAACCGAAGGAAGCAGAUUUAGUUGAAGGUUUCAACAUACUUAUGCCAUGAGUCAUCACCAAAAAACUCUUGGUUUAAUCUCUUCCCUUAUAAUAAUAUCAUAUGCUAUUUCAUAUUUUCAAGACUUGUGUUAUGCUUUUGUGGGAAACAUUUAGGGAUCUAAAAAAAAAACCUUGGCUUUUGUAUGAACUCUUUCUUAUAUAGUAAAAUGUCUCAUGCU